AUGACUUUGAAUACUGUGAAAAAUAAAAUAGAAGAAAUUCUUUCACAAAAUGAUGAAAAUCAAUCAGUAAUCAUUAAUCGAUUAGAUAAAGUAAUUCAGGAAGCCGGAAUUGACGCAAUAGCAGCAUGGCGAAAUUUAAAGAAUAAAACAGGAAAUACAUUAAUACAUGAAUUGGUCGAAAAAAACUGUCCAGAUGUUGUUCAAUAUCUAGUCAAUAAAUAUAAAUUAGACGUAAAUGUUCGUCGUGAAUCGGAUGAUAAAACACCUCUUGACUUGGCUCAAUCAAAAGAUGAUGAAGAAAUGGUAAAUAUAUUAGAUGAUCUAAACUGUAACAUGAUGCAAGAAAUUUCCAAUGAUGAUGUAUCUGAUGUUGACCCAAGAAAAAGAAUGAACCUUGUUUGGCUUGAUUUAGAAAUGACAUCUAUUGAAGAUCCCAAAAUCAUGGAAUGUGCUGUUAUAAUUACAGAUAAACAUUUAAAUGAAUUAGAACGAGAUCAAUGGGUUAUUCAUUAUGAUCAAACCGAAUUAGAUACACUUGGUUCAUGGCAUCAGGAACAAUUUAAAUCUGUCGAUCAAGGUGGCAAUGGUUUAUUCGAUGCAUGUAUCAAAUCUACUCUUUCCGAAUCCGAUGUUGAAAAAAAACUACUCAAAAUACUUCAACGUCAUUGUCCUGAAAAAGAAUGUUCUUUAGCUGGUAGCUCAAUACACAUCGAUAAAGAAGUUUUAAAACAGCGAAUGCCAAAUGCUCAUAAUUAUUUACAUUAUCGUAUUGUUGAUGUUAGUUCAUUUCGUGGAAUGUUAAAGCGAUGGGCACCAAGAAAUGAAUUAAAAUUUGUAAGUAAACUAUCCAACAAUGGACGAGAUACAGUUAAUCAUCGAGCUAUGGAUGAUAUUGAAUAUUCAAUAGAACUUAUGAAAUUGUUUCAUCCAUUAUUAACUGGACGUCCAUAUCGAGACAGGAAACCACAAGAUCGACCAUUACAUAGAAAUGAGAGACGUGAUGCUGCAGAAGCUUCUGCUGUACCAAAAAAUAAUCGUCCAAUUGGAAAUUUUGAACCAGAUAGAUCAACAUUUUUUGCUGAUGAGAAGACAUUAGUGGCGCGAUUGGAACUCGAAAAGAAUACUAAUGUAAAGACUCUAAGACUCGAUAAAAAAUCUCAAGAAAUCUACAAUCGUAAUCCACAUUUACGCGAAGUUUUUAUAAGUGGUGAGUCAAAAGUAGAAAUUCAACAGAUAUUCAAAAAGGAAAAUCGGUUUUUGAAAUUACGAAGUCUUACAUCCUAUCGCCAAAUGUCUACUCAACAUCAUAUUACAACUGAACAUUGGGGAACACGAAAAUUACUAUUAACAGAUAUCGAGUUUUUAACAAAUUAUGGUCGAUCUGAAAAAUAUUUGGUAAUUUAUAUUGGUGCUGCACCUGGUAUACACAUUAAUUAUUUAAGUGACUUAUUUCCUGAUCUCGAGUUUGUUCUUAUUGAUAGAAAAAAAGUUGAAACCAAAAAAACACCAAAAAUUCAUAUUCGUUCAGGAGAAUUUCUUGAUGAUAUAGUGAAAGAAUAUUCUAAAUCAAAAAGAGAAUUAUUAUUAAUUUGUGAUAUACAUGCGUUUGGUGCACAAGAUGAUUUAGACGAUAACAUGGUAAUUGAUAUGGUCAAUCAAAGAGAAUGGCAUUCAUCUAUGAAACCAAAAGCAUCUCUUCUAACAUUUCACUUUCCGCAUACAAAACAUCAAUUACAGUAUUUUGAAGGUGAUCUCAUAUUAGAACCAUGGGCUUCAAGACGUUCUUCUGGUUGCCGUUUGGUAGCUCAAAAAAAUGCACGUAUGAUUAAUUAUGAUUUCAAGAAUCUUAAGUUAUCUAUGGAUUAUUUUCAAAAUGUGCUGAGAACAAAUUAUUAUGAACAUGAUCUCAAAGAUUCAAAUACUGAUGGACUUGAUCAUUGCUUUGAUUGUAGAAGUGAAAUAUUUAUUUUAUCUCGAUAUCUGGAGAAAAUUCAAAAAGUUUCAAGCGAACAAAUAUUAAAGGCUGUAUCGAAAAUGUCUGAAGAAAUUUCAAGAAACAUAUUCGAUAAAAAUAGACCACCGAUUAUUUCCGGCACACGAACACUGGCUGUUGUUCCCAAAAAAUAA